AUGAAACUGCAACCAGUAGUGAAGUUUACAGAACAUGUAGUCACUACAAGCAAGCUCAUCGAUAACCGGCAUCCCACAAAGCUCCGGUAUACGGCGGUGAGGAUCAUACUCACCGAUGGCGACGCUACUGACUCCGAUGAUGAUGAAGGUUCCGAGAGAAUCUUUGUCCGUAGAGUCAAACGACAUGUUGAAGAGGUCAACUUUAAGUCGGAGAUACCGAAAGAAGAGCGUAGUAAUAGUAACAGUCAGAAAAAGAGGAGCUUGACUUCGCCGGUAAAUGACGUCACUAGCCUGAAAAAGUUCAGGGGUGUGCGUCAGAGACCGUGGGGAAGAUGGGCAGCCGAGAUCCGUGAUCCGACGAGUAGGAAACGGGUCUGGCUAGGGACUUAUGACACUCCUGAAGAAGCUGCUUCGGUUUACGACACCGCCGCCGUGAAACUGAGAGGACCCACCGCUGUCACCAACUUUCCGGCAACUGAAAGAGUCUCUAAUGACUCCAUUACCGAGACCCCAACGGAAAGUGACGCAGUUUCUUCUGGAAACGACACUGCUUUGUCGCCCACCUCCGUUCUCCGCCAUGAUCAUUUUACGCCGUUUGACGGUCUCCCCUGCUUCGACGGAGACGUUGACGCUUUCGGGUUUAGCAUUGAAUUUCCGUUCAGUCUGCCUAGUAUCGGCCUGCCAGGAAAAUACCUCGCCGAUGAAUUCAGUGAGUUUGACUUCAAUGAUUUUCUUGAAGAGGUCAGAUGA